CAACACAGUUGCGCGAAUGGCGGCGGAAACAAAUCUGUAUCUUAGACUACGGUUAAGUUGGUUCAGCAUUAUUGCCUCUAAUGAUUUGACACGAUUGAUGCGUGUAUGACAUUGGACACCACCAGCUGCAGUUGGUGUGACUCAGUAAGACACCAACAUGGACACCAGCCGACAGGACGACACCUUAAACAGCUUGUCUAACAAGUACAUGACCGAGUCACCCAUGUUUAAGGGACAAAUGGACAAGAGUGGUGGGUUUUCCUCUCUGCUGGACAUCAGUGGUCAGUAUGAUGUGGACAUGAGUCAAAUGAGAAUCCAGAUGAAGCAGUUAAAGCUGGAUUUUCAAUCUGAGCAAGAUCUCACAAAUCAACUACGUCGUCGCUUGAACACUGCAGAGAAAGAGCGCCUGGAAGCUGCUAGUCGAUCUAAUAAUGAGGUCACUACACUGGAAGGUCAGUUAGCCAGAAUGGGGUCCCAGAUUGAGAAGAAUAAGGUAGAGCAACCACGUCACAGUCUUGAGUUUGAAAUGACAAAGGCAAGGAGGGAGCUGAGUCAGCAAAAACAGGCCAGUAUGGGCGAGGCAGUUCUCAUGGAGACAAAUGAUGAUCUGAAGCGUGGGCACGAAAUGAAGAUGAGGAAGGAACUAGAGGAAAAGGAGUUCCUGCUGAACCGACACAAGAAUGACCAGGAGGUGAUGAGGACAGAGAAGGAGAAGUUGGAAGCCCUCCUCAAGCAGCAUCAGAGCACAGUGUCAGGCCUGCAUGAGAGGAUACAGGAGCUGGAAAGUGAGAGGACAAGCUUGUCAGACCAUCUGCGGAAGGCAUUGUCAGAAGUUGAUUAUGGCAAGGAAAGAGAGGAGAAGAUGAAGAAAGAUAUUGAUGUUGCUGUCCGAAGGAUCAAGUCCCUAGAGGAAAACAUUGAAGCAGAACGAGCAGCUCAUCUGGAGACCAAGUUCAACUCUGAGAUUGUGCAGCGGGACCUUGAGGGCUGCAUGGAUGUGGAGAAGUCGGCCAACAUCGAGGCCACGAAAGCAGUGGAGAGACUGGCGAAGCAACUGAGGGAGAUUGAGCAGGCCUACAAUGAUGAGAGGAAGAUGAAGAAAGAAGCUGUACACAAGAUGGAAAAGUUGGAGAAGGAAUACACAAGUGUACGAAGGAGGCUGACCACAGACGUGGAGAACAAGACCAACAUGAUCGGGCAGUUGUCCCAAGAGCUGGAGGUGCACCAGAAGAACUUCAAUGAGCUGAAGGAAGAGCUUGGCAAGGCCAAGAAGCGACAGGUAUAUCUGGAGGAUACAUAUGGAGGGUGUAUGAAGGAACUGGACAUGUUGAUCUCCACCUUCUCACCUCCACUCACAGACAAGACCAAGAAAACCACACGUGUGAGAAAAGAUGAAGGGAAGACCAAGAAGCUGCCGAGCCCUACCGCCUUGCUGGAGACAUUGAGGCGACUACUGCAUGACUCCAAGACCAAAGGGGACAGCACCUGUGAAGAGUUGUCUAAAUGUAAAAAGACUGUGGACAAACUGUCAAAGGAAGUGGACACAUAUCGGGACAUGGUGCAGGCCAAGGAUAAAGCUUUGGAGGAUGCCCAGAAGAACUACACCCGCACUGCGAAGGAGCUGAGUCGAGUGCGUGCUGAGGCUGGUGAGCUGGAGGGGAUUUUGACAAGGACCAAACUAGACCUGCAGAGUACCAGCAGUCACCAGGACAAAGAUCGGACACGGAUACAAGGACUUUCAGAGGAGAUAAUGAAGCUGGUUAAGCGACACCGGGCAGAGGACGAGGAAAAGCUGGCAUUCCUGCAUGGUUUGUAUCAGCGCCUGCUGGCUGGGCGCAUCGUGGUGCCAGCGAGGGAGAAGGGCUUCAACCAGUUCUCAUGGACGGAGCUGACAGAGGCUGUGUACCAACAGGUUGUUGCCAUGAUUAACUCUCUACAACAAGCUGAUGAAAAGAUGCGAGGAAUGGAGGAGGCGGUAGCGAUGAGAGAUGAAAAGAUCAGCACGAUGCAGCAAUCAUACGAAGACCAGCUGGACAAACUGACAUCACUGACGAAGGAGCAGGAGUCAUCGUGGCAGAGGCAGAAGGAGGAGCUGCAGCAACACUACACGCAGCUCAUUGGGGACCUGCAGUCACGCUCCAAGGUCAGCUCCCUUGUAAAAAGUCAAGCUGUGGCAGACCAGGCAUGGGAGAAGAUCCGAGCCUCAGGCAGUGUGCAACAAGGUCUGGAAUCUGAGUGCCUCGAGUUGCGCAUACUUGAUGAUGCUGACACCCAAAUCUCCUCCUUGUCCUCGGCCUGUGCCUUAGCUGGUGCCCUCUAUCCUCUCUACGCGACGGGCAACGAGCUGGCCAGUGAGCGCCGCGGUUCUGAGGACCAGAUGAUCAGGUGGGACACCUGCUGUGAGCCGCAAUCCAGUACCUUGUCAGUGUCCCUCAACUCCGAACUCAGCUGUGUUGGUCUUGCACCUACUGAGGAAGACCAAGUGAUGGAUGUGGAGGUAACACGACCAGGGGAGAGUCACCUACUCAACUGGAUGACUGGCAGUGCCAUCACAGACCUGGUAGUUCCAGCCAUGUCUGACUUUCUGGAAGUCGCUGGACAGGUCAAGGAGAAAGGUGGGGCUGUUGAGACCAGGGCCUUGAUUGGUGCAGCAAGGAGUUCCUUCAGUAAGCUGUUGGACAAGUUGGGUGUCGAGUUCCCUGGGAUCAGCUUGCAGCCAAUGGGAUACCAUGGUAGAACUUAACAUCCCUUGGUGCGAGGACUUGGUCGAUGUCCCUCUCAGACACUGAGUGGGACUCCCCUGGUAAAGAAACAAACCCUCGCGCCAUCGCAGGAUUUGAUGAUAGCACUGCAGCACCACAUAUUGGACUUCACUCAGCGCCUGCACAGUGUGGAGGUGGAGCGUAAGAGCGUGCUGUCGGAGGUGGAGCAGCUCAAGCAGCAGGUGGUGUCUGAAGUGGGUGAUAUGUGGCAACUACUCGACAAGAUGGGCUUUACACCAAGGAGCAUGUGCGCUGCUGAUCAAGGUCUGUCAGAGGCAAAGGUGGAGCUACGGCGUCGGGAACAGUCCAUCCGCCAGCUCCAGAAGCAAGUGCUCCAGAUGGAGAUGGACCGUGAAUCUGUUACCGGCAACAUGGCCGACACAGAGAAUGCAUUGCACACAGCUAACAGAGACAAGGAUAUCCUGUCGCACUACAUGAAGUCUGUGGAGAGAGCACUACAUGAGGCUAAAAGACAAAUGUCUCUACUCAAAGACCCUGGUCGCCAUGAUGCUGAACUGUCCAAGGCAUUGCUCAAUGUUGACUUUAUCCCCACUGAUGUUGGAAAGGCAGGCCAAGAGCUGAUAGCAUGUCAGAACCUUGUGGGUGCCUUCAUUGACACACAGCACCAGGCUGUGGCCAAAAUCCACUCCCUGGAGGAUGAAAUUGAGUCACACCGACGCCAUGUAGCCAGCCUUAAGCAAGAGUUGAGCAAUGCAGUGCGCAGAGAGUACUCCAACCAGGAUUGUUCUCCUCCCCCUGAUGAGUUUGAAAUUAUUCCUUCAAUCUCGGACCCGGAUGUUUCCAGCAGCAGGGAAAGAUUUGCUCCUCUCAGAGAGGAUUCUGAGGUAUCUUACUCUGUUGGGAAACCCAGUCCUAUCAAGUCAGGCCCUGGUUCAGCACACAAACAAGGGAGGUCUCCUGGAUUCCACACACCACAGAAACUUCCCAAGUCUUCCCAGAGUCGUCCCCGAUCACAGCCGUCAAAUGUGCGGUAGAAAAGGAGUGUGUCUGUCAGCUCAUCUGUGAUAUGCAUGUUGCUGCAUGAUGUUAAUCCAUGUCAGAAACUGAUGCCGUCCAUGUUGUGUAUAAACAGUGUAUUGGACUAGCCCCUUUGUAUUCAUGUAACAUUAGACAAGUGCUCUUCUCAUCAAAAUAGGUUAUGAUAAUCCAGAGUGAUAAAUAGAUUACUGGAAUAUCACAACAUCAAGAAUAUUUGAACACUUUCAAGUUGUCUUGUUCUCAGAUACAAGCAGUGUUCUUGAUGUGUACAUAGGUGUCUGUACAAUUUACAGAAACAGUGAAUGUGGGCCAAGGUGUCAUACAGUCACUUUGUGCACGUGGGCCAAACAUCCUACUUGAACUGUG